AUGGAUCAGUUGAAGGGAGCUUCUUUUUUCUCCAAUAUUGAUUUGAGGUCUGGGUAUCACCAGAUUCGGGUAAAGGAGGAGGACAUACGAAAGACUGCUUUCAGGACUCGGUAUGACCGUUAUGAGUAUGUCGUUAUGCCUUUUGGAGUGACGAAUGCUCCAUCUAUUUUCAUGGAUUAUAUGAACAUGAUUUUCAAACCCUUUCUGGAUAAGUUUGUUGUGGUGUUUAUUGAUGACAUAUUGUUUUUAGGUCAUGUGAUUUCUGCACAAGGAAUUGCAGUUGACCCUUCUAAGGUGGAAGCGGUUUUGAGUUGGGAGUGCCCGAAGUCAGUUACUGAAGUCAGAGGAUUUGUGGGAUUGGAUGAUCCCGAUAAAUCAUUUGAGGUUUAUUGUGAUGCAUCUCAUCAAGGUUUAGGAUGUGUUCUUACGCAAGAUAGGCAGGUUGUGGGCUAUGCAUCUAGGCAGUUGAAGACUCAUGAACGAAACUAUCCUACACAUGAUCUGGAGUUGGUGGCGGUGGUUUUUGCUUUGAAGAUUUGGAGGCAUUACCUCUAUGGAGCAAAGUUUGAUGUGUUUAGUGAUCAUAAAAGUAAAGAGAAUGUGGUGGCAGAUGCGUUGAGUAGAAAAUCUCUUCAUAUGUCUUACAUGAUGAUUAAAGAGAUGGAGUUGGUAGAGAAAUUCAGGGAUAUGAAUCUUAACAUUUUGGUUGCUCCAGACUUUAUUAGUUGUGGUAUGACUACCAUUACUAGUAAUUUCUUGGAGAUGGUGAAACAAAAACAAGUUCAGGAUGUUGGUUUGAAUAAGAUUAGAGAGUUGUUGGGUUCUGAGAAAGCUAAGAACUUUGAACAAGAUAUGGAUGGGGUUUUGAGAUACAAGGGCAAAAUUUGUAUUCCACAAGUUGAGGAGUUGAAGAAGUUGAUACUUGAGGAAGGUCAUAAGAGCAAGUUGAGUAAAGCUAAAGUAGAACAUAAAAAACCAGGAGGUUUGUUACAGAUGAUGGAAGUGCCAGAAUGGAAAUGGGUUAGUAUCGCCAUGGAUUUUGUUGUUGGUUUGCCAAGGUCUGCUAAGAAUUGUGAUUCUAUUUGGGCGUUAGGGACUAAGAUGAGACUCAGUUCUGCUUAUCACCGACAAAUUGAUGGGCAUUCUGAGAGGACUAUCCAAUCUUUGGAGGACUUGUUGAGGGCUUAUAUUUUGGAUCAUCUAGGGAGUUGGGAAGAAAUGUUGCCUUUGGUCGAGUUCACUUAUAAUAACAGUUUUCAUGCAAGUAUAAGGAUGGCACCAUUUGAGGCUCUGUAUGGGAGGAAGUGUCGAACACCUCUAUGUUGGUUUAAAGAGGGAGAAUCAAUGAUAGUGGGGUCAGAGAUCAUCUUACAGACUACCAAAAAAGUGAAACAAAUUCAGGAAAGAAUGAAAGCUGCUCAGAGUCGGCAAAAGUCUUAUGCAGACAAGAGGAGGAAACCUUUGGAGUUUUUAGAGGGAGAGCAUAUAUUUUUGAAAGUGACUCUUACUACAGGUGUGGGAAGGGCUAUUCAAGCUAAGAAGCUGAAUCCUAAGUUUAUUGGGUCGUAUCAAAUUCUCAAGAGGAUUGGACCAGUGGCUUAUUAG